UAUUUUCACUGUAUCUCAAUAAUUUAGUGUUAUCAUGCUUUACUUAUAUAAAAAGUUCAAAAUUUAUAUGUUAUGAAAAGUUUAUAAAAAAAAAUCUUUUCACUUGGUGGCGAGCCAAUAAAUUGAACGAAAAUUACAUUUACUUCUAAUUGAUAUUCAAAAUAAAUUGAAAAUUUAAAUAAAUAUUCACUUUAUCUAUUUCAAAAUGAGAUUGUUGUUAAGUUCAACAAGUUCACGAGUAUUGCCGGUCUUUCGGCAUCGAGGGACAAUAGCUCGAUCAUUUUCAGGAAAAAUAUCAUCACCAGAAAGUGUAUUAACUAGAAAAAAAUUCGGAUGGUUGAACAUCAAUAAUAAUAGCAAUGGAUUUCAACAUCUUCGUGAUUAUCAAAGAAUUUCAGCUUUUAUAAGUAUACGAGAAUUUUCGACGAAAAAACCUCCGGCUACUGAUGGACCUCCACUUGAACCAGAGAUUGAACAACCUGAUGAUUAUCCUGCUACAUUACCAGCAACAGUUGUAGUUCCAGAAGUUUGGCCACAUGUUCCAAUGAUUGCUAUUAGCCGAAAUCCUGUCUUCCCUCGAUUUAUAAAACUUAUUGAAUUAACGAAUCCAGUUUUAAUUGAUUUAAUUCGAAGAAAAGUUAAGCUCAAUCAACCUUAUGUAGGAAUUUUUUUGAAAAAAAGUGAAGAAAAUGAAGCCGAAAUUGUUAACAAUAUUGACGAAGUCUACGCAAUUGGAACAUUCGCUCAAAUUCACGAAGUUCAAGACCUGGGAGACAAGCUAAGACUAGUUGUUAUGGCACAUAGGAGGAUAAAAAUUGUCAAUCAAAUACUAGAGGAUAUCACAGAAAAGCCAGUUUCAGCAAUGAAAUUGAAGUUUCCGCUAUUUAAUACAACAAUUAACGUUCCUGUAGACGAAACACAUGGUAAAAAACCCAGAAGAACGUAUGGAAGGAGUAAGAGGAACGAAAUGAAAAAUAUUGAAGUUGUUGAAGUAGUAGAAAAGCCUGAAGAAAUUUCAGUUACUGAAGUGACUAAACCUGAAGAAAAAAUUGAAAGUUCUAACGCUGAAGUUGUUCAUACUGAGGCUAUUCCUACGGAACCUGUGCAACAACCGCAAGUGAUAGCCGAUGGAUCUCCACAACCCGUUCUAAUGGUUGAAGUUGUUAAUGUGACUCAUGAAAAAUUUAAAACAACAGAGGAAAUAAAGGCUUUAACUCAAGAAUUAAUCAAGACUAUUCGAGACAUAAUUAGUAUGAAUCCCUUAUAUCGAGAAUCACUUCAGCAAAUGCUCCAUCAAGGCCAAAGAGUCGUAGACAACCCAGUAUACUUGAGUGAUUUAGGUGCGGCUUUAACUGGAGCUGAUGCCCAGGAAUUACAAGAAGUCUUAGAAGAAAUGGAUAUUUCAAGAAGAUUGAGAUUAUCUCUGGCUUUACUCAAAAAGGAAUAUGAACUAAGUAAACUCCAGCAAAAAAUUGGUAGAGAAGUUGAAGAAAAAGUAAAACAACAACAUAGGAAAUAUAUUCUUCAUGAACAGUUGAAAGUGAUUAAAAAAGAAUUAGGUUUAGAAAAAGAUGAUAAAGAUGCUAUUGAAGAAAAAUAUAGAGAAAAAAUUAAACAGAAAGUUGUGCCCAAGCCUGUAAUGGACGUAAUUGAUGAAGAACUCACUAAAUUGAGCUUUUUAGAAAACCAUAGUAGUGAAUUUAAUGUAACGCGGAAUUAUUUAGACUGGUUGACAUCUUUACCUUGGGGAAUAACAAGUUCAGAAAAUUUAGAAAUUCAAGAAGCUGCAGAAAUUCUUGAUCAAGAUCACUAUGGGAUGGAAGACAUUAAGAAAAGAAUUUUAGAAUUCAUUGCAGUGAGUCAAUUAAAAGGCACAACUCAAGGAAAAAUUUUAUGUUUUCACGGUCCACCGGGGGUUGGUAAAACUUCAAUAGCAAAAUCGAUCGCUCGAGCCUUAAAUCGAGAAUAUUUUAGAUUUAGUGUAGGAGGAAUGACAGAUGUUGCAGAAAUUAAAGGUCAUAGAAGAACUUAUGUUGGAGCGAUGCCUGGAAAAAUAAUUCAAUGCUUGAAGAAAACAAAAACUGAAAAUCCGCUUGUACUUAUCGAUGAAGUUGAUAAAAUUGGCAAAGGUUAUCAAGGAGAUCCAGCAUCAGCUUUACUAGAAAUGUUAGAUCCAGAACAAAAUGCUAACUUUUUAGACCAUUAUUUAGAUGUUCCUGUUGAUUUAUCAAAAGUACUGUUUAUUUGUACAGCGAAUGUUACUGAUACUAUUCCAGAACCUUUAAGAGAUCGAAUGGAGAUGAUAGACAUGUCUGGAUACGUUGCUGAAGAGAAAUUAGCUAUUGCAAAACAGUACUUAAUCCCACAAGCGAUGAAAAAUACUGGAUUGACUGAAGAACAAAUUACUAUUCGAGAAAAUGCUUUGACAACACUCAUAAAGGCUUAUUGUAGAGAAUCUGGUGUUAGAAAUCUUCAAAAACAUAUUGAAAAAGUUUCUAGAAAAGUAGCUUUUAAAGUGGUAAAGAAGGAAGCUGAAAAGGUUGAUAUUACUGCAGAUAAUUUGAGUGACUUUGUCGGUAAGCCUAUUUUCACCCAUGACAGAUUGUACGAAUUGACUCCUCCAGGUGUUGUUAUGGGCCUUGCUUGGACUGCGAUGGGUGGGUCCACUUUAUACAUUGAAACAACUGUUAGUAAGCCAUCAUCAGAAAAGAAAAAAUUCGAAGGUACUUUUGAAAUUACUGGACAUCUAGGAGAUGUGAUGAAAGAGUCUACCAGAAUUGCUCUUACAGUUGCCAGAAAUUUUAUUAAGAGAAUAGAUCCAGAGAAUACUUUCUUAUAUGAUUCACAUUUACAUCUUCAUGUCCCUGAAGGAGCUACUCCCAAAGAUGGUCCAAGUGCUGGAGUUACAAUAGCAACAGCUUUAAUAUCUUUAGCUAAAAAUCAACCUAUCAAACAAGACAUUGCAAUGACGGGAGAGUUAAGUCUUAUGGGAAAAGUCCUUCCAGUUGGUGGAAUAAAAGAAAAAACAAUUGCAGCUAAACGUGUUGGUGUUCGAUGCAUUAUCUUGCCGGAAGAGAAUAAAAAAGACUUUGACGAUUUAGCAAAAUUCAUUACUGAUGGACUCGAAGUUCAUUUUGCCAGUACGUACGAUGAUGUCUAUAGAAUUUGUUUUAUGGAUGAUCGAGGUAAUCAACAUUCAAUGCAAACUCCUGGACCUAUGGACUACCAAAAUAUUCAACCACCUCCACAAACGGCUUCAAUUCAUGCUAAAAAAACAUAACUUAUAGUUUUUUUUUAAUUUUUAAUUUAUUUUUUCAUUAUAUUGCGUGUCACAAGCAGAUGUAAAAGAAAUUUCGUUGUGUACAUUCCUAAAAAUUAAGUAAUAAUUACUGAAUGUUUUUAUAAAAAUGAUUAAAUUUUGUUAA